AUGUAUGACCUCGAUCCUCCACUUGUGACUUCUCUACUGGCUGUACAAGUACCCAAGGGAUGGCGACAAAUUUGUCGUUAUGACGAUGAGACCAACACCACACUUGACGUCCCCCUUGGAACAACUGCUUUCUUCAGUGGGUAUCGUCUCUACGAGCUCCUGUCAGAAGAGGAGAAACAUUUUGUUCUUACCAGCAAAGUCGAGUACGCGCCUCAUCCAUACAUCUGGAUGAGCAAGGCCAAAUCCCGCUCCAAUGGUCUCGGCAUUGUUUCUGAGGGCCUGGAGCUAUCGGAGGAUGAGCUUCCUCCUUUUGAGGACGACAAAAUCAAAAUAUAUCCCAUGACGUGGAUGAACCCGGUUACUGGAAGACUUGGAAUGAUGGUCUAUCCGACUUGUGUCCGAAAGAUUCAUCUUGAAGACGGAAGCAUUCUCGACAAUAUGUCCGAAAUUCGAGAGCGACUGUAUCGACCGCAAAGGCGUGCGAUCAAUCCUGAGUAUGUUUAUACUCAUGACUGGGAGGAAGGCGAUCUUGUACUAUUCAAUAAUCAUGGAGUGAUGCAUUCCAUUGUUGGCUCAUUCAAGGAUGGGGUUGAAGUCAGGCUGUUCAGGUAG